CGAAAAUGUAUGGCCACAUACAAUCACAUUCAGCAGCUGUUUCCACAUCACGUCAAAAUUCGCCAAAACAACCAAAACCACAUUCGUUAAUUGUCUGUUUAGACGAAAACGAAAUCCCAAAAGUUCAAGUCAACCCACCUGUGUAUCAAAUUGCAAAUGCUUUUACAGCUAAUCGUUGUCUUAGCAUUCUCGAAAGGUACCCUAAUUGGCAUACGGGACAUGUUGGUUUUGAUACGGAAACUACAGUUUAUAGGAGGCAUAAUCCCCAAGUUGUUUCAAUGAUUCAGAUAGCCACGAGAGAAUUAUGUUUUCUAUUUCAAGUAUAUAAAAUUACUAAUGGAAGCGCAGACAAGUUCCCGCCUUUACUUAAACGAAUUUUAACAAAUCAAGAUAUUAAAAAAGUUGGAGUAAAUGCGUCAGGUGAUGCGGGUUGGAUAAAAAAAUCCUACGACUUUGAAAUGCAGGGGGUAAUUGAUCUUGAGAAAAUCGCUCAAGAAAAGGGAUAUGCAGCGAGAUCAUUAGCGGAAUUAACUAGAAUGUUUGGUGAUGCCGGAUUAGUAUUGGAGAAAACCAAAAAGAUAUUGAAGUGGAAUUUUGAUGCAGCUAAGUUGGAUUCGGAAAUAAUACGCUAUACAUCAUCUGAUGCUUUUGCUGGAAUUCAAGUGUAUGAGAACCUUUUAAUAGAUAGGAUGAACGAUGUUUAUCUUAAUUAUGAGAAACUUCAUCCAUUAAGUGUAAAAGAAGAGGACGAUGAGAUUUAUCUGCUAUUGAUAGAAGGACAUCAGAAAGGCAAAGAUCUAGGAACAAAAACGAUUAUAAACUAUAUUGAAAAUAGGUAUCAGCGUUGGACUACAACAAAACCGAAAACAGAUGUUCGUCGUAAAGCGGUACUUGGUGUUAUCGAUCGACUAUUUGAAGAUGGACGAUUGAUUAAAGUGAUAAAUGACAGUUCUGAUUCAAAUUCAGAUGAACAAACUGAAAAAGGAAAUUUCCCAACGGAUUAUGAUUUCAAGAUUCGUCUUCCUGGGGUUUCAAUUGACACAAUGCUUAAAGUAUAUGGCAAGAAAUUUUUUGAGUUGAAAGGUCUUUCAUUACAGGAUAGUGAAUUUAUGGUGGAAAUAUCAUCAUAUUGUUGGAAGGCCAUCAGGAAAGAUUCUUUGGCAAAAAUUAUUGUUAAUAAUGGCAAAAUCACUUCUUUGAGUCGGAAAAAUCGCGAAGUUGUCAUGAAUAAACUAAAUGAAUUAAAUCGCAAAGGAGCAUUGAUGUCGGGCGAAAAGUGGAAUACACUUUUAUUGCAUCCUGAUUGGUUAAAGGAAUUAGAAGAUGGUUAUGAGGAAUUUAAGUUAACAUAUGUUGAAGAUAAACCUUUGAAGGAAGAUGACUUAAAUGAUAAAAGUCCAGAAGGAAAUGCCUCAACGGUCAAAAAUUCCGAACCAGAAGGUAAUGCUUCGGCAAGUCCAUAUCAAAAUAAGCAAAGUUUUGAACCGUGGAAGGAUGUUAGUGAAUUUAAUUCGGUUUGGGGUGAUUAA